GUGGUUGGCUUGGAUGAAGACGCCGGGAUGUACGAACUUUUAAUGGUGCCGCCCAGCCACUGGCAGUGCCCAAAAUGCGGCGAGGACAACAAGCGCGCGCGGGCCUCCUGCAACGUCUGCGGCGCUGAUCGCGAAGUCGUGGCGCCGUUGCCGAAGCGCCCCCUGCGUGUCGAUGCUCGCCACGUCGUCCUCCCCCCGGGCACCGAGGUUGCGGUGGAAGGCUUGCGGGAUUUCCCGGAGCUGAACGGGAAGGUGGGUACCAUCCUCGCCUUUGACCCGACGACCGGCCGGUACCAUGUGCAGCUCGCAGACGGGGCCGUGAGGGCCAUUCGCCCGCCGCAUGUGGUGGCCCGAAGCUUUGCAUCCCAGGACGAGGAGUACGGAAAGUGGACUGCACCGGCGCCGGAGCCGGGCUAUGUCGACGAGCCCGAGCCUCCCGAAGAG